CGGAAACCAAAUACGAGAAUGGUAGAUCGUAAAUUUGUGAAAGCACCACAGGUUGCUUAGAGCAGCGACAAGACAACAACGACGCAAUUGAACCCAACAAGAAAGAGCGAGAGUUUAGAAUUGGGGAAAAGCUUUCGUUGAUUGUUCGCUCUUUGGUUUCUGGCUUUUUGGUUGGGGACUGGGGAGGAAGCAGGAAAGGGAAAUGUAAGAAGAAGAAGAAGAAGAAGAAGCAAGUAGCAGAAGAGGGACGAUGGGAAAUAAGAUUGCACGCACGACCCAAGCGUCGGCGUCGGAGUAUUACCUGCACGAUCUCCCGUCGUCGUACAAUCUGGUCUUGAAGGAGGUCCUAGGGCGAGGCCGUUUCCUCAAAUCGAUACAGUGCAAGCACGACGAAGGGCUCGUCCUCGUCAAGGUCUACUUCAAGCGUGGCGACUCCAUCGAUCUCAAGGAAUACGAGCGUCGCCUUUUCCAAAUCCGCGAAACCUUCCGCUCCCUCCAACACCCUCACGUCUGGCCCUUUCAAUACUGGCUUGAAACGGAUAAAGCAGCUUAUCUUCUCAGGCAAUACUUCUUCAAUAAUCUUCACGACCGAUUGAGUACUCGGCCUUUCCUUAGUUUGGUCGAGAAGAUAUGGUUGGCCUACCAGUUACUAUAUGCAGUGAAGCAGAGCCACGAGAAUGGUGUUUGUCAUGGUGAUAUCAAGUGCGAGAAUGUUUUGGUCACAUCUUGGAAUUGGCUUUACCUCGCUGAUUUUGCGUCUUUUAAGCCGACUUACAUACCUGAUGAUGACCCCUCCGAUUUCUCGUUCUUCUUUGACACUGGAGGGAGAAGGCGCUGUUAUCUUGCACCAGAGAGAUUUUAUGAGCAUGGAGGGGACACACAAAUUGCAUCAGAUGCACCAUUAAGGCCAUCCAUGGACAUCUUCUCUGUAGGAUGUGUUAUUGCAGAGCUUUUUCUUGAAGGGCAGCCAUUAUUUGAACUAUCACAGCUACUUGCAUAUCGUAGAGGGCAAUAUGAUCCUAGCCAACACCUUGAAAAAAUUCCAGAUGCUGGAAUCCGAAAGAUGAUUCUUCAUAUGAUUCAGUUGGAUCCAGAGUCACGCCUGCCUGCUGAGGGCUACCUACAGAAUUAUGCAAGCAUUGUGUUUCCUAGUUUCUUCUCACCAUUUCUUCAUAAUUUCUUUUCCUGCUUGAUUCCUCUUGAUUCUGAUACAAGGGUUGCAGUUACGCAAAGUGCCUUCCAUGAGAUACAUAAGCAAAUGAUGAGCAACAACACAAAUGAGGAUAUAUGCCCUGUACCAUGCACACCUUCAAAUUCCUUAAAUGGAGAACCUCUCAAACAGAUGGACAAUGCAAAGGAACACUUUAGUACAGCAAAAGACUCCUUGAGGAAGAGAGCAGAAUUAGAGAAAGGCUUGUUCAGUGAUCAGUUACUUAUUGGUGAUAUCAACUCCCUCCUUAAGGAUGUGGAACAAAGUAAUCACUGUUCUAAUACUAAGCCAGUGGCUAGUGCUGCUUCUGGAAGUUCUGAUGCAAGUUCUGCUAUAUCUAUCCAAAAUCCAGGGCACUGCAGUGGGCAUUCUCCAGGGCGAGCCCUUCAAAGUAUUCCUAAUGGAUUUAAGGGAAGUGAUCACCCUUAUUUAAGGAAGAUUAUGAAGAGCGACUUGAACUCAUUGAUGUUUGAGUAUGAUAGCCAAACAGAUAUUUUUGGAAUCCCUUUCUCUCCUAUUCCCCGACGUACUAUGAGCUGUGAAGGUAUGGUCCUGAUUGCCUCACUGCUUUGUUCCUGCAUACGUAGCGUUAAAUUGCCACAACUGCGGAGAGGGGCUGUCCUUCUGCUUAAGUCUUCUUCCUUGUAUAUUGAUGAUGAAGACCGCUUGCAGCGUGUGCUUCCAUAUGUAAUUGUGAUGCUUUCUGAUCCAGCUGCAAUUGUGCGCUGUGCUGCCUUAGAGACCUUGUGUGACAUUCUGCCAUUAGUUAAGGAUUUCCCUCCCAGUGAUGCAAAAAUUUUUCCAGAGUAUAUUCUUCCUAUGUUAUCUAUGCUUCCAGAUGAUCCAGAAGAGAGUGUACGGAUUUGUUAUGCUAGCAAUAUCUCCAAGCUUGCAUUAACUGCUUAUCGUUUCUUGAAUCACUCACUAAGCUUGAGUGAGGCAGGGGUUCUUGACAAAUUGAGUCUAUCUGAUAAAUCAUCAACUUCAUCUAUUGAGACUUCUGGUCGACUGCAGAGUGAAAGCUGUGAUGCACAGCUUGCUCAGUUGCGAAAGUCCAUAGCUGAGGUUGUCCAAGAACUGGUAAUGGGCCCAAGGCAAACUCCAAAUAUCCGGAGAGCCCUCCUACAGGACAUUGGAAAUCUUUGUUGCUUCUUUGGUCAGAGGCAGAGUAAUGACUUUCUUUUACCUAUUCUUCCUGCUUUUCUAAAUGACCGGGAUGAGCAGCUAAGGGCUGUAUUCUAUGGACAGAUUGUUUUUGUAUGCUUUUUCAUAGGUCAAAGAAGUGUAGAAGAAUAUCUUUUGCCUUAUAUUGAACAGGCCUUAAGUGAUCCAAUGGAGGCAGUCAUUGUUAAUGCAUUGGAAUGUUUAGCUAUGCUGUGCAAAAGUAAUUUCUUGCGGAAGAGGAUAUUACUUGAAAUGAUUGAACGUGCUUUCCCAUUGCUAUGUUACCCCAGUCAGUGGGUAAGAAGGUCAGUGGUCACUUUUAUUGCAGCUAGUAGUGAUAAUUUGGGUGCUGUAGAUUCGUAUGUUUACCUAGCUCCAGUUAUACGCCCUUUCCUCCGAAGACAGCCGGCAUCUUUAGCUUCAGAAAAGUCCCUCCUUUCAUGUCUCAAGCCACCAGUCUCACGACAAGUAUUCUACCAAGUCUUACACAAUGCUAGGAGUUCGGACAUGUUAGAGAGACAGAGAAAGAUAUGGUACAAUCCAUCUGCACAGUCAAAGCAAUGGGAGGCCGAGGAAUUGAACAAAAGAGGGAUGGGGGAAUUGAAUCCCAUUAAGAGUUGGCCUGGUAGACAAUCUGAUUUUCCAGGUCAAAAACCUGUUGAUAGUGGUAUUCCACAAGUAGGGAUACCUGAGGGUGAUGAUACCGAGACUAAACAAAGAGCAACAGGAAGCUUCAUGCCUACUGCUUCUAGUGCAAUUGAUGUUCGAGAUCCUUUAUGUUCAGAAAAGUUGCAAUUUUCUGGCUUUAUAACUCCACAUGUUAGUGGUGGAAAUAGUUUUAUUUGUGAUGGAUCAUCUGAAGGUAUACCUUUGUAUUCUUUUAACAUGGACAAGCAAGCAGCUGGGCAUGCUUCUGCAGGAUCUGAUUCUUCAUCACAGUGGAACUCACUGGGGAUUAGUUCAUCAUCCAUGCCUUGGAUAGAUCCAGUCAAUAAAUCAUUUAGCUUGGCUAGUUCAGUUACAGCUCCCAAGCUUGUUUCAGGUUCCUUCAGCAUUGGUGGUGGCUCUAAACAGUUCUACAAAGUUGUGAGAGAAGAAGGCAGAGAAAAUGAGCAAAUGACCUAUAUCAGCAACAAGUUUCAAGACAUUGGCCUAUCAGGCAUGCGAAAAGGAAGCUCAUCCAUAAACAUGGAAGAUGCCUCUUCACAAACUGAUACUACUGGUCUAACAGCAUUUGGUCGAGCAGCAUCUGUCCCAGACACAGGAUGGAGGCCUCGUGGUGUGCUUGUGGCACAUCUCCAGGAGCACCGUUCCGCUGUCAAUGAGAUUGCCAUUUCCACUGAUCACAGCUUUUUUGUGAGUGCAUCUGAUGAUUCUACUGUUAAGGUAUGGGAUACCCGAAAGUUGGAAAAGGAUAUAUCUUUUAGGUCUAGGUUGACUUACUCUCUAGAUGGAAGCCGUGCACUAUGUGCUGCAAUGCUACGGGGGUCUGCACAAGUUGUUGUUGGAGCAUGUGAUGGAACAAUACAUAUGUUCUCUGUUGAUUACAUAUCCAGAGGUUUGGGCAGUGUUGUUGAGAAGUAUUCAGGUAUUACAGACAUCAAGAAGAGGGAGGUUGGGGAAGGGGCCAUUCUCAGCCUGUUAAAUUACACAACUGAUGGAUGUGCCAGUCAAACUAUUAUGUACAGCACCAGGGGAUGUGGAAUCCAUCUUUGGGAUACAAGAACUAAUUCAACAGCAUGGACAUUGAAAGCAUCUCCUGAGGAGGGCUUUGUAUCUUCUCUGGUGACAGGUGCUUGUGGUAAUUGGUUUGUUUCAGGCUCUUCAAGGGGUGUUCUUACUCUUUGGGAUCUGAGGUUCCUCAUACCAGUUAAUUCAUGGCAGUAUUCUUUGGUAUGCCCCAUAGAGAAAUUGUGUCUAUUUAUUCCCCCUCCAAGUGCUUCAUCAUCUGCUACAGCAAGGCCCCUAGUAUAUGUAGCAGCAGGCUGUAAUGAAGUUUCCCUCUGGAAUGCGGAGAAUGGUAGCUGCCAUCAGGUGUUCAGACUAUCAAACAAUGACAGUGAUGCUGAAAUCUCUGAUCUUCCUUGGGCCUUAGCCAGGCCUUCCAGCCUGGCCAGUCUGAAACAAGAUCUGAGACGAAGUUUCAAUCCUAAGUACCGAGUUGAUGAAUUGAAUGAACCUCCCCAUCGUCUCCCUGGUGUCCGUUCACUGCUUCCCCUACCUGGAGGAGAUUUGUUGACCGGAGGGACUGACCUUAAGAUACGUCGCUGGGACCAUUGCAGUCCUGAUCGUAGUUAUUCUGUUUGUGGACCUUCACUGAAGGGAAUUGGAAAUGGUGAAUUUUAUGAAACCAGAUCCAGUUUUGGAGUGCAGGUAGUGCAGGAGACAAACAGGCGAUCUCCAGCAACCAAAUUGACACCUAAAGCUCUCCUUGCGUCUGCUGCAACUGAUCCUGCAGGUUGCCACCGCGACUCCAUUCUAUCUCUUGCUUCUGUCAAGUUGAAUCAGAAACUGUUGAUAUCAAGCAGUAGAGAUGGUGCCAUCAAGGUGUGGAAGUAAAGAUCAAGGAUGACACGUCUGGGUGGCUCAUUGUAUAUAUGCAUGACAGUUGUAGGAAAUUGUAUAUUAUGUUCUGGGAGGUGAAAUGUUACUCUCCCCGAGGAUGAUGAUAAUGAGCUUUUAGGUUAUACCCAUUGUUUAGGAAUUUCCUGAAUAGCCCUUGUCUAGGUUGUAUAGCAUGUUAAGAGUGGAAGGGUUGCUCAGGAUUUGGAAGCUAUUAUUUUUCCAUCUCUUUUAUUAUUUUAUCUCCAUUAAUUUCUGGAAAAAGAAAAGACGGUAUUAGGAUACAAGUAGUUAGUAGUGGGACGAGUCAUCCCAGAGAAUGAGUAUUUAUACGUCUUUUGCUUCUUUCUGCCAAUAGGGGACUUCCACAUCUUUCAGGUUUGCUGUUUGCAGCGAGGUGAGGUAUAUUACUGACUCGUAAUCUGAUUCGGUAGUUCUUCCCUU